AUGUUUUCACUUCAACCGUUUCAGCGGUCAUUUAUUCUGGUGAUCGUCCUCCAGUUAAUUUUCGGCCAAGUCGCUACUACGGCGUGUACGCCAGAUAGUGAUAUUGGUGCGACGUUUGAAAUUCACGAACCAGAAGUGCUUCAUCCAGAUGGGAAAUUGGUCGUUCUGCACAGCAACUUCACCCGUCUGGAGUCGGAUCUCCUGCCUAGAUGGACACUUACUGACAAACGACCGAUGCAAAACAUUAGUAACGACCUGGUCCACCAUAAUCUGGCACACAUACUGCUGCAGAUGAAUGUUUCGUCCAAGGAAAUGGCAAAGACUUUGAAAAUUGGUGUCCCUGCUAUGAGUAAAUUCGCUCUAGGACUUCUCAACCGGACGGAGGCGGACGAGCUCAGUACUCGCCAUUCCUUGGCUCCCCGUGGAUGGGUUGGCGACGUUUUGAAAGCCCUCGCCCAGGUUGUCUUGCCAGGCGGGAUUUAUGGACUUUGCGCGUCCACUGCAUCUGGCACUCUCAAUGUAUUCCUCCACUUUGCCUCCGAAUUUCACGCAGGGAAUUCGGGAUCAUUACCAAUUACGGACGACCAAAACUUCUUCUUGUUCCCACUCCAUGGCGACAUUGCUACGAGUGGUCCACUUCGUGUUUACUACAACGCAUGGAAACCCGAUGGCUUUACAUCUGAUAGUAUUAUUGGGACAACCUUUAACCGCGAUAUUUACACGCCCUGGCCAUUUGCGGGCUCUGGAGAUGACCCAGAUUUCGUGAAGACCACAAAGUAUAUCAUCUUGCACGAGGCCACACAUAGUGUGCAAUACCGCUCGCUAGGAUAUAGCCUGGCACUCUACGGGUGGAGCUAUAUCUACCACGGUUGUAAAUGCGGUGGUUACAAAUGCAUUCCUUACGAGGACGAGGCACGUAGAAAAGAAGGUGAACUGGAUAACCUCCUCCUGCUUACUGGAUCAGGUCGACUGUUCUUCGAUGUUUGGCGUCGCAUCGGUCUCAAGCCAUUACUAGGAUUUCCAACCUCCAAGAGCAAUACACCAUUCACAACGCGAAGGCGGUCAGAACUUUCUUUCCAACAAGGAAUAUUGGAACUUGACUUGAGCAACCCAGCUACCGUCUGUUUCCGAACAUUCACGAAUGCUGAGGUUGAAGCUCGAAGCAACGCGAAUUGCUUCAUUAAGCCAGAUUGUCGCAAUAGACACCUCAAGGGAAGAAUGCCACCACGCGAUCCAAGAGACGACGAAGAACCACGUGAUUGUGUACAAUCAGAGGUCGACGACCACAAUGCCGCCUGUCGGGCUGCUGAUAAUCGCUGGAGGACGAUUGAGACUAGGAGGGGAUUUAGUUGCCCUUCUCUCUCAAGCAUCGUCUAUGGCAGGCUAUAG